AUGGUGGGAGCUGCAGAGAAACCAGGGGGGGCUUUGCGGGCACAGGAGGAGGGCUGGGGCCCGCUCCCCCCCGGCGGCAGGGAGCACCCUUGCUCUGGGGCUGUCUCCCACCCUUCGCAGCCCCUGUCCCCCCAGGAUGCCCGCGGGAGGAUCCUGGGCUACACCGUGCUCGUCGAGGGUCCUGGGGGACCCCUGCUCCUCUGCAACACCUCCAGCACGUCCUGCAGCGGCCGGGUGCCCCCCGGAGCCCGCACCCUCCAGGUCACCGCUCACAACUCCAAGGGGGCUUCCAGCCCUGCCAGCAUCCCCCUGAGCCAGGGGGCCAGCAGCCGGGAAGAAUUCCCAGCACCGAGGGCCGUGGAGGUCAAGGCCGAGAGCCACAGCAGAGUCUCGGUGGCCUGGCAGCCCCCCCCGAGCAGCAGGAGGUCCCUGCUCUGGUUCAUAGUGGAGUGGGUUCGCACCGCCCAGUAUAGCCAGGAGGAGCAGUAUUUUUGGGAGAAAGUCCCACACCAGGAAACACAGAUGUACAUCCAAGAAGAGGGAGUAGCGGGAAGCCACAUCAACGUGUCAGUAUGCGCAGUCUACCCCGACGGAGUCAGCAAGCCAAGCGCCAGCCAAGUCCCUUCAGAGAACCAUCUCCUGGGCAGCACCUACAUCGAGAUCUCCCAUGAUGAUGACGUCGGAGAUUUCCUGGGACUGGGCAUCAGCAUGGUCACAUUAUCAGUUGUUUUUCUAUUUCUGAUGUUUAAAAAAUCAGCCAGAAAGAGAAUUAAGGCCACUGUUGUGUCGCUCUUGCCAAAAUGGCUGUUUGAAGACUUUCCCCACCUGGAAAACAGCAACGUGGUUAAGUCACUCCAGGAGAAGAGUGAUUUCACGAGCAACAGUUUCCAUGAGCCGUUCUUGGACACCAGCGACCCCACAGUUACGGAAAUCGAGGAGGUGCCAGCGCACAAGGACUACAAGACCAUGGGCACCCGGAGGAAGCCCAGCAGAGAGGUCCCCGAGGCCAGGGAGCAGCCGGGGAGCACGGCGCCUGCCAGCAUCGUCACCCCCGAGCAGAUCAGUGGCUACAAACCUCAGGUGUCCGACGGGAACCCGCUGGGGUACGUAGCCACCAAUAUUUACCACACACAGCUCCCCACACCCCUCCCAGAACCGGAGGGGAACGUCUUCUUCAGAGACUACACGAGCCCCGUUCCCCAGCUGUGGGACGGGGAGGGAGGGGAGCAUCACGUCUGUCUGCUGGAGAAGAUCAACCUCAUCUUAAACAACAGCCGGAGCGGGCAAAGCCACGUGUUUGGCUUAGCCCAGGGGGGACCCGGCUCCCUCCCGGAGAACCAGUGGGGACACGUGUUGGCCAGUGACGUUCAAGAGCAAACGCUGGUCCCCGACGAGCUCGUCUCCUGCCUCAGAGCCAUGAACGGGGAGUCGGUGGAUGUAAAGACCUGCUUCCCGCAAAGUAUCGGGAGAUUAUUUUGAGAGAAACUGUAGCUGUGAUUAAAAAA